AUGGUUAUGCGUAAUGCAAGUAGUGGACAUGUGAAGACGUAUCUUUCCACUCUCUACGAUGAUUUAGAAACCAAGAUUAGAGCUUUAGAAAGUCUUGGAAGAACGCAAGAGGUGUAUGGGGAUUUCUUAACGCCUUUAGUUGAAUCCCGUCUGCCCAAAGAAGUAUUAAUUGCUUGGGAGAGAAACAGAAAUUUAAAAGAAGCACCUCAGCCUGAUGAUUCAUGCCUUGAAAAUUUGAUGAAUUUUCUGAAACAAAAAGUAAAAGGAGAAGAGGUCGUGUUAGCAUGCACUGGACUGAUUGAAUAUUUUCACCGAGAAAACUGUCAUGCUGGAACCCAGAUAUUACUAAGCAUAUUGCGUGAAAAGUACUGGAUUACAAGAGGAAGAAGAGCGAUACGUAGUGUUCUGAAGGACUGUAUUAAAUGUCGACGAUACAAAACUAAAUCUCUCAUCACUGAACCAGUUUCCUUACCUGCUGAUAGAGUGGAAAAUGCAGCAGCUUUCGAAGUAGUUGGUAUUGACUUGGCUGGUCCCCUAUUUGUAAAACGUGGGGACAAAGUAUGGAUGGUUCUCUACACGUGUGCUCUUUAUAGAGCAAUUCAUUUAGAGUUAAUAACAUCGCUUUCCACUGAUGCUUUUCUGUUAUCAUUUAGACGUUUUGUUGCUAGAAGAGGAAGACCUAGAGUGGUUUAUACAGACAACGGUACAAACUUUAGGGGAGCUUAUAAUAAUUUGUUAGAAAUUGAUUGGAGUAAAGUAACUCGACAAACAGAAAUACAGAAGAUCGAAUGGAAAUUCAUUCCCCCCACUGCUGCCUGGUGGGGCGGAUGGUGGGAAAGACUUGUUCGAGUAGUCAAAGAACUCCUUAGGAGAACAUUGGGCAGAGCUGUUCUUACCUAUGAAGAACUGGAAACAGUUAUGUGCGAAUGUGAAAGGGUAGUAAAUUCGCGACCCUUGACAUAUUUGUCCGAAGAUACAGAAGACUUAGUUCCACUUACACCUGCCAUGUUUUUGACCGAUAGAUCCAAUUUAGAUGUAACUGAUAUAGACACAGUAGACACCAAUCAUCUCAGGAAAAGAAUCAGAUUUCGUGCAAAAUUAAUGGAAGAUCUCCGAGUACGUUUUCGAAAGGAAUAUUUAGGACUACUUAUUCAGAAACGACAGCAAAAUUCACAAUUUCCAAAUAUUCGAGUGAAUGACGUUGUGUUGAUAGGAGAUGAUAUCAAAAGAGAUUGA